CGGGGGUGCCCUGCCCCAGCUCCUUGAUUCCUUGAGCAUCUGCUUUCUCCCCAGCUCAAACCCCUAUGCUCGCCUGGUGGAUUGUCUGCGUGCCUCAUGGUUAUCUGGGAAAACACGCCCUAUGGAGUAUCGGAAAGAGCAGCUGGAGGCUCUGGGUCGCUUCCUAGAGGAGAGGAAGGAGGAUAUCCUGAAAGCCCUGCAUGAAGACCUGUGUAAGGUGAGAGUGGUCACCCUCAACUCUCCUCCGGGUCAGACAAGCCAGAACAGUUGCCGCAUGACGAGGCGCUUGGACAACCGUCACACCUUCGUUUUUGUUGCUUUGUCUCCACAGCCCCCUUUUGAAGCAGAGAUCUCAGAGAUUGCCCUAACUAAGAAUGAAAUAAACAAUGCCCUGAACAACCUGCAGCACUGGAUGAAGGAUGAAAGCGUCUCCAAGAACCUAGCCACCCAGUUUGAUUCUGCCUUCAUCCGCAAGGACCCCUAUGGUGUGGUGCUCAUUAUUGGCGUCUAUAAUCUCCCCAUCAAUACUAUAUUAGUGCCCCUGGUGGGGGCCAUUGCAGCUGGAAACUGUGUGAUUAUCAAACCUGCAGAGAGCAGCAGCAGCACUGAAAGGCUCCUUGCUGAAGCACUGUCUUGCUAUCUUGACCCAGACACCAUUGCUGUAGUAACAGGUGACCAUGAAAUGACGAGCAAGUUGCUGGAGAACAGGUUGGAUUAUAUCUUCUUUACAGGGAGCACCCAUGUGGGAAAGAUCAUCAUGGCUGCAGCAGCCGAACACUUGACACCACUGACUCUGGAGCUGGGGGGCAAAAGUCCCUGCUAUGUGGAUAAGUGCUGCGAUUUCCAGAAUGCAGCCAACCGAAUAGUAUGGGGGAAAUUCUUCAAUGCUGGCCAGAACUGCACUGCACCGGACUAUGUGAUCUGCACCAUUGAAACCCAGGAGAGGCUGAUGCCCUGCCUACGCCAGGCGAUCCGUGAGUUCUAUGGCACCAACCCCCAGGAUUCACCCGACUUCGCCCGCAUGAUCAACGAUAAGCACUUCCAGCGCGUCCGGGCAUUGCUGGAGUGUGGCCGAGUGGUCAUGGGUGGAGAGACAGAUGAGCGUGACCGUUACAUCGCUCCCACAGUGCUGGCUGAUGUGAAGGAAUGGGAGCCAGUCAUGCAAGAGGAAAUUUUUGGGCCCAUCUUGCCCAUUAUCACCGUGCAGGACUUAGAUGAGGCCAUCCGUUUCAUCAAUUGCAGGGAACGCCCACUGGCUAUCUAUGCUUUCUCCCGUAACUACAAGGUUGUGAACCAGGUGUUGGCGUGCACCAGCAGUGGCGGCUUUUGUGGCAAUGAUACUUUGAUGCAACUAUCACUGAUUAACCUACCAUUUGGCGGCAUUGGAUACAGUGGCUUUGGCAAGUACCAUGGCAAGCUCAGCUUCGACACAUUCACUAAUCUGCGUGGCUGCCUCUCUCGCUGCAUCGGCUUUGAGUCAAUCAACACCAUACGCUACCCGCCUUACAAUGACCGCAACCUGGCGCUGAUGACUUCUGCUCUUGAAAUCAAGCGCAAGGGCCUGUGCACCUUGUUGUGAGCUCUCCAGAUUACACAGGUCACAUGCUCUGCAGAGCUACAAGAAAGAACUUGGCCGCUGGAGAGAGGGGGUGCUGUUGCUUCAUCUCCAGGGUUUUCCUGCACCUUCUGA